GCGAUGUGUCGGAACUGGCCCUCCUGCGCUUGCGCAGUAGAUUGGGACGGGCGGUUGCUUGUUGGUUGUUGUAGUAACGGGGGAAGCAGCCGUCGGUGGCGGUGGUGAGCCCGGAAAGGGGGAAGGAGGAGGGAAGAAGCUCCUGGCGCGGUCCCUGCCUGCCUGACCCGAACUAUGGGAAGAUGAGACAGGAAACUGUGCCACCCAGAUUGUUUGAUCCAGUGAGCCUGCAAAGAAAGGUCUCUGAGGCCCCCGUCUGCUGACUGCAUGAAAAACCCUAAAGGAAAUGCCAGUCGUGAUGGCCCGGGACCUGGAGGAAACAGCAUCAUCCUCAGAAGACGAGGAGGUGGCAAGCCAAGAGGAUCAUCCAUGCAUCAUGUGGACUGGAGGCUGCAGGAGAAUUCCUGUCUUAGUGUUCCACGCAGAGGCCAUUCUGACAAAGGACAAUAACAUUCGCGUAAUUGGAGAACGGUAUCAUUUGUCCUAUAAAAUUGUGCGGACAGAUAGUCGUCUGGUACGUAGCAUUCUGACAGCGCAUGGAUUUCAUGAAGUUCAUCCAAGCAGCACUGACUAUAACCUCAUGUGGACAGGAUCCCAUCUAAAGCCCUUCUUACUUCGUACCCUCUCUGAAAUGCAAAAGGUCAAUCACUUUCCCAGGUCUUAUGAACUAACCCGGAAGGACCGACUGUACAAAAACAUUAUUCGAAUGCAGCAUACACAUGGAUUCAAGGCAUUCCACAUCCUCCCUCAGACCUUCCUCCUGCCAGCUGAGUAUGCAGAAUUCUGUAAUUCCUAUUCAAAGGACCGGGGACCUUGGAUAGUAAAACCUGUGGCCUCUUCCAGGGGACGUGGUGUCUACUUGAUAAACAGUCCAAACCAGAUUUCCCUGGAGGAGAACAUCCUGGUCUCUCGUUAUAUCAACAAUCCCCUGCUCAUAGAUGAUUUCAAAUUUGAUGUACGUCUCUAUGUGCUUGUGACGUCCUAUGAUCCUCUUGUCAUUUAUCUCUAUGAAGAGGGGUUGGCUAGGUUUGCAACUGUGAGAUAUGAUCAAGGAGCUAAGAACAUACGAAACCAGUUCAUGCACCUGACCAACUACAGUGUGAACAAGAAGAGCGGUGACUAUGUCAGUUGUGAUGAUCCUGAAGUGGAAGAUUAUGGGAACAAAUGGAGUAUGAGUGCAAUGCUUAGAUAUCUGAAACAAGAAGGGAAAGACACAACUGCAUUGAUGGCCCAUGUAGAGGAUCUGAUCAUUAAGACUAUUAUUUCUGCUGAACUAGCUAUUGCUACUGCUUGUAAAACCUUUGUUCCUCACCGCAGCAGUUGUUUUGAGCUUUAUGGCUUUGAUGUUCUCAUUGAUUCAAGCCUGAAACCAUGGUUGCUGGAAGUGAAUCUCUCUCCUUCUUUGGCAUGUGAUGCACCUCUGGACCUAAAGAUUAAAGCCAGUAUGAUUUCAGAUAUGUUCACUGUUGUAGGAUUUGUGUGCCAAGACUCUGCUCAACGGUCAUCAGCCAGGCCAAUUUAUCCUACAUUUGAGCCUUCCAGGCGAAAUCCUUUCCAGAAAAGUCAGCGUCCAGCAUCUGCUCCAGUUCAAUCACCAAACUUCAAACAGCGUUCUCGUCCUCUGUCUGCUAGUGAUGCUGAAAUGAAAAAUCUUGUGGGUUCAGCAAGGGAGAAGGUGCAAGGGAAAUUAGGUGGUUCCGUGCUUGGCUUAUCAAUGGAGGAGAUCAAGGUUUUACGGCGAGUGAAGGAAGAAAAUGAUCGUAGAGGGGGAUUUAUUCGCAUAUUCCCUACAUCAGAAACGUGGGAUGUUUAUGGGUCCUACUUAGAACACAAGACCUCAAUGAACUAUAUGCUGGCCACACGCCUCUUCCAGGACAGGGGAAACUCAAGAAGAAGCCUAUUGGUAGGGAGGCCACGAGUGGCUGUUGAUUCAGGGCCAGAAAUGAAGGUGGAGAAUAUCAAUUCAAAAGCCAAGCUGCAUGCUGCCCUUUAUGAAAGGAAGCUUCUAUCCCUGGAGGUACGAAAACGCAGAAGACGGAAUGGCAGAUUGAGGGCACUAAGGUCAAAAUACCCAGUGAUUCCACAACCAGCUGAAUUAUCCAUUAAAACUGAGACAGAAAGUGAAGAGGAAGAAGAGGACCCAAUAGAACAUGAAGAUGAAGAACAGGAAGCAUCCCAAGAGGAAUCUGCAGGGUCUCUUGUAGAAAAUCAAACCAAAUAUACACCUUCACUGACUGCCUUGGUGGACACUCCACCCAAAGAAAGUUCCUUGAAAGCUUCUGAAUGGAAUGGAGAAACUACUCCUUGCCCCAAGCCUGAAAUUCAACAGCCAGAACCAACAUUUAACUUGAUGCAGAUUCUGCAAGAAAAUGGAAAUCUCAGCAAAGUCCAGGCUCGAGUAGCCUUCUCUGCCUACCUUCAACAUGUUCAAACUCGACUGAUGAAAGAUAGUGGAGGCCAAUCUUUUAAUGCCAGUUGGGCUGCCAAAGAGGAUGAACAGAUGGAGCUGGUAGUUCGGUUCCUUAAGCGUGCAUCAAGCAAUCUCCAACAUUCCCUGAGAAUGGUGUUACCCAGCCGGAGAUUGGCCCUUUUGGAAAGAAGAAGAAUCUUAGCACAUCAACUGGGUGACUUCAUCAUAGUCUACAACAAGGAAACAGAACAAAUGGCUGAAAAAAAAUCAAAGAAGAAACUUGAAGAAGAAGAGGAGGAUGGAGUGAAUCCGGAAAACUUUCAGGACUUCAUAAGCCAUGCAAGUGAGGCUGAACUGGAGGAGGUUUUGACUUUUUAUACCCAAAAAAACAAAUCUGCAAGUGUCUUUCUGGGAACUAAUUCCAAAGCCGCCAAGAACAGCAGCAGUUAUUCUGAUAAUGGGGCAAAAGGUGACCAUCCUGAGACAGUGGAAGAAGUGAGAAUCAAGCAGCCCAAACAUCAACAAGGAGCAGAACUUCAUACUGACAAAUUAUCACGAUUUACCACCUCAACAGAAAAAGAGAGUAAAUUCCCCUAUAGCACUUCCCUUUGUCCAUCCUCUGGUCCUAGUGCUAUUCUUCAGAAAAUUCCCAACUCCCAUUUGACAUCUCUGAUUUCAUCCUCUGACCUCACACCAGUACCUAGUCAUCACUCUGCUUUUUCCCAAGUUCCUCCAGUUAUCUCCAAUGUGGCUCAUCAACCAACUGCUUUACAGAAUGCAACCCCUGAUAACUGUUCUCCCUCCCCACAUUCGGUGUCACAUCGUGUACCUAGUCCAGCUGUACUGCCACGCUGUCGGUCUGGCAGUUACACCAUUGGUCCCUUCUCCUCAUUUCAAAGUGCUGCGCAGAUAUAUAGCCAGAAACUGUCUCGGCCCUCCUCAGCUAAAGCAGCAGGUACAUGCCAUCCAAAUAGACACCAUGCAGGCUUAGCCAAAACAGCCAAGGAUGGAGAUGACAGCACUACUUUUGGCAAACGAUACAAUCAAAGCAUGGUGACAGCUGAACUUCAGCGGCUGGCUGAGAAACAAGCAGCACGGCAAUAUUCCCCAUCCAGUCACAUCAGUCUUCUCACUCAGCAGGUAACAAACCUGAAUUUGGCAAGUGGAGUCACAAAUCGAACAGGUGCUACCACUCCCCCUAUCCUUCGUCCAGUGCACAGUCCUGGAGGUCCAACAUGGUCGGCACAUUCAGACCCUCAAGUCUCUGAAAGCAGGACUAGCCCACCAGUAAACAGGAACAUGCAAACAGGUGGCUUUGCCUGGGAAGGGGAAGUAGAAAACUCUGCAUACAACAAGGCAACAGGGGUGAUGCCGCAACACAAGUAUCAUCCUACAGCUGGCAGCUAUCAGCUCCACUUUGCACUACAACAACUUGAACAACAAAAACUUCAGUCCCGGCAGCUGCUUGACCAGAGCCGAGCCCGGCACCAGCUCCUGCUUACAACCUGUGAUGAAUCACUGACAUGGAGGAAGAAACCGUUCCACACCACUGGGUUGAAAGAUAAAGAUGGAACAGCCAUUGUAGCUAGAAGGAGUCCAUUUUUGUUCCCAUUUGCGUCAUCAUCCCCAGACCAAGGUGGUAGCAGAUUUCUCCCUCCCAGUCUACAGAUCCUAGCCUGGGACAACUGAAGAAAAGAUGAGCUGGGUUUUGGUGGAACUUGACAGUAUUCAGUUCAACUGAUUCUCUCUGACAGAGCCACAAAUGUACCUUUUCCCCUUCCCUUUUUAUCUUCUUCCUUCCCCCUUACAUACCUAGGCCUUUCUCCCUCUUGUGCUAACAGGCAGAGAUGAUAUAAAACAGAAGCUCUUUGGCUAUUUGUAUUUUGCUUCCGCUUCUUUUAGAAUCAUUAUCAAGCUCCUGUCUUAUAUAACCCUAGAGAACAAACAUCAUUAUGAACACAUUUAUAAUCCCUUUAAGAAGGGUAUUAAGGGCAAAGGGAGAAAAGGCACACAGAACAUGUUAAACAGUAAUUGGAGAAAGGCUAGUGUGUUGACCACAUGAACCCCAAGGUGAAGCAGCAUUUUAGAAUUACUGAUUUUUAAUAUUGAUAAAGUAAUUCUAUUUUUGUUUUAUUUUUUCCACUUAACUAAUUUCCCUCUAAUCAAUAUUCAUUUUCAAGUGAAAUGGAAAUGUGACCAACUUUUUAUUUUAGUUAAUUGCUGGACAUUUAAAAAUUUUAAUUUUAGAAGUGUGCAUUACUUUGGUAUAUUUUGAUUUUAGGUUUUGUUCAGACAGAAUGUAGCCGUGGUCAUACCCUCAAUGGUAGCUUAUGAGCCAGGGAACAUGGGAUAGGAGGAGGUGUGGGAGGGCUUCACAAAUGCACGAAUGUCUCCCUGUCAAGCCAUGACAGAUGACUGAGGGAGCUAGAUGCUGUUCUUGAAUUGCACGUUAAUUUUUCCCUCACACUACAUUGUUUACAUAAACAAUCCAUUAGAACAAUGCAAAACAGCCACUGAGUGGAUCUAAUAAGUUUCUCAUACUAACUCUCUGCUUUCUUACUUCCUCACUUUCCCCUGCUUCUUUGUCAGCACUCUCCUGAAGGAGGCCCUAAAAUACAGUGUGCUUAGGCUUUUAGACUCAAGCCAUUUGGGGAGUUUUUGUAUUCUCUGUGACUUUGAGCAACAGUGUCAUCAUCCCUAAAUCUGCUGUACUGUAAGGGGAGCUUUAAGGUGUUUCCUGAUCGUGGUGACAGCCAGUGGGCCACCUGGCCAAAUGAAGGAGGCUCCAAAGUGCAGGGCUACAGAACGAGGUGUUACAGACCAGAGUUGGAAACUCAAAAAUGAAAAUCACCUCCAACAAAGACAAAGAAAAGAGACUUGAUUAACUGUGAGCAGCUUUUGAAAAAUCUUUUUAAUGAAUGAAAACAAAGGGUUUGGUGCAUUUUUUUCUUUUUGCCUCUGUUAAAAAAAAAAUCACUUAGAGUGACAAGAUCUAUUGUUAUAGUGAAGGGAGCAGGAGUAUAUUCUAAAUGUUACUGGUGCCCAGGAUACUGGCUUGAGGGACAUCUAUUUUGUUUUUUUUUUUUUUUUUUUUUUCCAUUCAACUGUAAAUUAAGUUGGGGGACAAAAUAGAGUUCUGCCAUUUCCUUUGAAAUGAAAGUUUGUGAAUAAAGGGGUUAUCUGGAAUCUGCUAUAAUGGUAUUUGUGAAUGGAGAUUUAGGCCAUUUACUCACAAUAAAGGGUUGUAGAUUAAUGGGACUGUUCAGAAAUUCUUCAGAAAAUAAUCAGUCAGUAGAAUAUAUAGUGUUCUUCCUGACUUUGCAGAUGCUGAUAGGAGAUUCCACAUCUUACCUUUUCACUUAUUCAAGUGCUUUCAAGUAAAUGUAUUGGCACUGGGCAGCUCACAAUAAGAAGCUAAAUAGUACAUGCAGUCCUCCCUCCUGCCCACUUCCAUGGCUGUGGUAAUGCUUCUGGUGCUCCUCUUUAUCCCCGGACUCCCAUAAAUAACAUGUAUGUAGGAAAAUGGAGAGUCAAUUAUUCACGUUUUUAUAGUCCCUGUAAAUAGAGUAUGUAGUUGUAAUCCUGGCAACCAGAUCCCUUCCCAUAUUUGAUGUGGUGAUUAAGGCAAGAGAAGA